CCUUUCAUAACCGGACUCUCCCUCCCCCCAUGAAGAUCUGCCAUCCAAGUCCCAACUGGAUUUUGCACGCCUUGGGUUCUUGGUCCAGCCACAGGUCAAAGGUACCCUGGAAUUGGUAAACUUCUUAGCAACAAACCUUUUCCUAUUAUCACUGUACCUUUGAGGCCACUCCCUGUAAGCAGUCUAGAGCCUUGUCUGGAAUCAUGCCUCUGUCAGGAACACCAGCACCACCCAGCAAGAGGAAAAAGCCCUCCAAGAUCAUCACUGACCUGUCACACAUAACCCAAGAUGAGUAUGAAUCAGAGCCUGAGGCCUCAGAGUUUGACCUGGGGAAAAAGAUCAGGACACCCAAGGAUAUCAUGCUGGAGGAACUAUCCCUUCAGAAGAACAAAGGCUCCAAGAUGUUCAAGAUGAGGCAGAUUCGUGUGGAGAAGUUCAUCUACGAGAACAAUCCUGACCUCUUCAGUAGUGAGUCCAUGGAUAACCUCCAGAAGUUCGUGCCCAGCCUGGGGGGCCAGAUGAUGGAUGUUGGUGGCCGCCUGAUUGGUGGACAUAUGGCUGGCCAGGCUGUUGGGGGCGGUCAAGCACCAGUGCCUCCUCCUAAACCCGGAAGCUAUGGAAAGGGAUUAGAGGGUGGGCUACAAGCAGGUGGGCUCGCUGGAGUGGCAGGAGGAGCAGGGGGAAAGGAUGGUGUGUCAGGAGAUGCCUCACACAGUGAGGAAAGUUCUAAGGCUGCUUUGGAAAAGGCAAAAAAGAGGGCCGCAUGUGUGAAGACAUACGUUUCCCCUUGGGAACGGGCUAUGAAGGGCAAUGAAGAACUUCUAGCAACAAUGAAGACUCAAAUGCCUGGACCCUGCUCUCAAAAGGAGCUGUGCAAUUAUAAGUGCUUCAACAGGAGCGCUAUGCCUUUUGGAGGUUUUGAGAAGGCCUCUCAGCUGAUGACCUUCCAGCUGCCAGACAUCGAGGUAGCCACUGAGGAGCCUGAACCUGCAGUGGUGUACCAACAUGAUAUCGGCUCACGGCCCUCCUUUAACCGCACACCCAUCGGCUGGGGGGGUAGCGCUGAACAAGGCAGCAUUCACAUGGAGUUGGAUACUAUACCAUUUGAUGGGGAGACUGAUGACCUGUGAAUCUACAACUCUAAAAAAAAAAAAAAAGAUUAUGCCUGUCCUAAUUACGCUGCACUCUAUUAACCAGACACACACCUAUGCACACAGCCACAAUUCAACAGUCCAUCAGGAGGACAUGUAAAAUGUGAAUGGCAAACCUCUCUCACUGUACAUGUAACUUUGAAUCUAAAUCUGCCUCUCAGUGUGAGCUUUAAAAAAAUAAAUACAUAUGUAUUUGUGGAGGAAUUUUAUGCAUGAAGCAUAUCAACUUAAAUGAAGGUGUCAGGUGGAGACUGAAGUUUUUAUUCGCUUGUUAUUUUGUCAGCAUGUUGCAUUUUAGAAGUUAACAAAUGAGCAUAAUGUGCAUUUUGCAACAAUGUCCAGUUAGCAUUCGCAGUGAUGGACUGCUUGGCACGCGCUGCUUUUUUUCUGUCACUUAAAAAAGGUAAACAGUUUUUGACUGCACAAUCUGCAACCUCCCUUUAAAUAAGCUAAUGUCCCACUUUAACAUUUCAUUAUAGUGUCAUUUACAUGAGUAAAAUACUGAUUAUAGUCAUGACCAUCAUGUACUUAUGAUUAUAAUAAGGUUGUGGAACAUCUUACACAGUAUUGUUGUCUCUGCUGUAAUAGAUUACUAUUAUUAUAUGUAAUACGAGCACAUUAUGCAUUUUAAAAUAUUACUGGCAUCCAUGUCUUCGCAAACAUUAAUGCAAAAACUCAAAAAUAAAAACUCUAAACGACUGUCUUCACACCACUGCAUGCCCAUUCUUUAAUAAAUGAUUGAUUGGUUA